AUGGCUAAGUGGGAUGAUGAUGUGGCAGAUGUGCUGACGUGUGUUGACGAUGUGGCAGGCAAAGUUCCCCAGGAGCUCAGUUUCUUGUCAAAGAUCAAACAUCUCAUUAUUCAAAAGAACAAUUUAAUAGGAGGGAUCCCUUCUCUUCUCGUGAACCUGACAGCUCUGGAGGUUAUAUCUGCAGCUCAAAAUGCUUUCAGUGGAAGUAUCCCAGAUGAAUUGGGUCAACUGAGAAACAUUAGUUAUUUUGCAUUGGGUGAGACCAACCUAUAUGGUCGAAAUGGUUUGUUUGGAUCCCUCCCUUCAGAGGUUGGCAACCUAAAGAAUUUGGCCGAACUGGAUAUCUCUGAGAAUAAAUUGUCUGGUGAAGUUCUAAACACCCUUGGGAGCCGCACUAGUCUCCAAAACCUAUUCUUGGAGGGUAACUUGCUUCAACGGUCAAUUCAUUCAUCAUUGAGCUCCUUAAGAGGUUUUCAAUACUUCGAUCUUUCUCAUAACAACUUACUAGGACAGAUUCCCAAAUUCUUGGAGCAGAUUCCCCUCAUGUAUUUAAAUUUGUCAUCUAAUAAUUUUGAGAAUGAGGUUCCAAGCAUAGGAAUUUUCUCACAUGCAAGUGCAAUAUCAGUUUCUGGGAAUAAUAGGCUCUGUGGGGGCAUUUCUGCACUACAGCUACCAAAAUGCACCAUCCAAAGAUCAAAGAAUCUAAAAAAUGUCCAUUGCAGUCAUAUUAAUUAUCUCUACAGCAUGUAUGCUUGUUGGAGUAAUAAUUGCGUCAGCAUUUCUGCUUUGUUGGAGGAAGGGUUUUCUUCAGAAAAUUUGAUUGGUGUGGGUGGUUUUGCUUCUGUGUACAAGGGAAUCCUUGAUCAAGAUGGAUCAGUUGUCGCUGUCAAAAUCAUAACUACUUGCUCAAAUAUUGAUUUUCAAGGUAAUGAUUUUAGAGCUCUAGUGUAUGAGUUCAUGCCAAAUGGGAGUCUCAAGAAGUGGCUGUAUUCAAGUCCAAAAACAAAUAAUAGAGAAGAGAAACAACAAAGACUCAGCCUUCUUCAAAGAAUAAACAUUGCUAUAGAUAUGGCGUGUGCACUUGAUUAUCUUCAUCACCACUGUCAAAUGCUAAUCAUUCAUUGUGAUCUGAAGCCAAGAAAUGUUCUUCUUGACCAUGACAGGACAGCCCAUGUUGGUUAUUUUGGUAUAGCUAGGUUUCACACCAAGCUCAGUAAUCCAAACCAUAGCAGUUCUAUUGGAGUAAGGGGAACUAUUGGAUAA